UCGGCGCUAUUCGGGAGAGCGUCUCACAGUAUCGAUUGCGAGACAGUGUGUGUAAGUGUGUACAUGUCGCGCGCAUCGUAAGCAAGCGGAGCGCGCGCUUGCGAACAUAUCUGACAGACAUCCACAUGACAACUCCUUCCACCUCGCCGCGGGCUGAAGGCCCACCCGACAGCAAAAUGGCUUCAGGCUGCAAUUACAGAGGCAGGCGCCACGUGCCCGCUGAAGGCAGCGUGAUGUGGCAUACGGGCAUCAAUGACUUACCAGACGAACUGCUGCUAAUGAUCUUGUCCCACGUGGCUUUCACCGAUCUACUGGAUGUGGUACCGAACGUGUGCCGUCGUUGGAAAAAGCUGUCUCAAGAUUCCAAGUUGUGGGCUGACAGGGAAUUCAAUAUUGGGGCCCUGUGGCAGUGCUACCUGGAUGACCGUAAGGGUGGUGGGAACGAGCAGGAAGCAAUAGAGAUCUUCCGAAACAUCCCGAACCUGUGUAUAGUGCGCAUGUGGUUCAAUGUCAACCCCCUCGUCAUCCAGGAGCUCUGCGAUCACUGCCCGAGGCUCGCGGAGUUGCACCUCCAUCCCAGUCAGAAGCUCACCUACUCGUUGCAGGUACUGAAGACCUUGGUGGAGAAGUGCACCAGAAUACACACACUGACGGCUCCCUACAAACUGCUGAAGUCUGAAAGGUGCUCGGAGGCCCUGUCGCAGCUGCACAACCUCCGUGUGCUGAAUCUGGAACCGGAAUACAAGGAAUUCGAUCGUAGCUCUACCCAGGAACCUUGUUUGGUGCGACCUCUGGUCAACGGAUGCCUGAAACUAGCCGAGGUCGACUUUGGGUUUACGUAUAUCAAUAUGGAAGACCUGAGGUACUUUCUGAGAACCAAGAGGAACACCCUCAGGUCGAUACGCAUAAAGUGGGCGAUGGGUGGGACGAGCUGUGUCCCACCGUUGCUGGAGGCCUGCACCGAGUUGGAACGUCUGGAACUCUGCGAGGAUGACGACUUUGAGAUGGUCCACAGUAUACCGAGAGAGGCGUUCACUGCCCUGGGAAAGCUGAAGAACUUGCAGGAACUCAGGAUAUCGAUCCCUAUUCGACUACCGCCUGGAGUUGCUCCUCUGGCAUUUAAGGGUCGAGGGCUGAAAAGAUUGAGAAAGCUGGACAUAUGAUGUGGACCUGGCUUGGACAAUGAGACAAUAAUUGCCAUCAGCCGUGGGCUCCCUGCUUUGCGGAACUCUCUGUCUGUGAUGCAAAGGUGCUCUCGGCUGCUGCCUUCUCUGAGAUCUACCGCCUGGAACAGCUUGAAAUAUUGGACGUGACAGAUUGCAGAACACUCGGCGGGGCCCUGUUCCCCUACCUCGUCGGGCUGCCGCGACUUCACACGCUUCGAAUGGAAAAUAUGGCUUUUGCGAUGCUACGACCGGGUGUGAGCAGCAUCCUCGAAUUGUCAGGUGUGCGCUGCCUGACAUUCGAUUAUUCCGUUGUCGCUGGAGUGCCCUUUGAAAAGUUUCCAGAAAAGCUCGUCAAUCUCAGGGAGCUGGGAGUCAAAGAGUGUCAAGGUGACCCGAAGGCCGUAGAAGGGCUGGCCAAGCAGAUGCCCGGUCUUAAAAUCCACGGCGUCAUUCGACCUUUGUAACCGGCUUUCUACGUGUCCGAUAACGAGAGUGGUGCAGGACUUGAAGAGGAGGAGAAUGUGUUGCUUUGCAGUGCAGAGGAAGCAGUGGAUGACUGGAGAGUUGCAGUGAUAGUUAAAGAGUGAUAACGAUGUCUAGGAUUAAAGCAGUAUAUCUGUUCUCUUUCUAGAGAAUAUAUAAAACUGAUAUGAUAUUUAUAGGGAACUAAUUUUAAAUACUGAUUGCAUCUCAGCUGGAAUAUUGUAACUGGGCCAAAAUUUAAUACUUCUCAACUUUUGUUACUAGACUGUGUGUCGUAGUGGACUGCUGCAGGCUGUCAGGUCGAAAAUAUUUAUUUUGGGUGUAACGUCACAUUAACAUUGGUGGAAACUGUUUUGAAACAGAUAAAGUGGCAAGACUGAUGAGGUAGCCAUUCUUAAAUAUCACUGGCUGGACUAGCAUGUAUUAUUGUGUACAGUAAUUAAUUUAAAAUAGUUAUGAAAUAUUUGUUAUCUGUUUAUCCAAAAAAAAUUUUCUUGCUUAUUUAUUCACUUUUUAUUUGUAUUAUGUGCAAGUUUCAUCAAAAUAAAUGUUCUCUUUGUGGUAA